AGCACACGCCGUCAGCCUACCUGGCACAGAUGAGGAUGAAUACCGGGGAAAGACUGGGCACAGUCACCGAGAUGUAUCCUCCCACCAUCACUGAGUUGGUGGACAUAGCAGCCAGCUCUCACCAGAAGGAUUUCUGUGUGAGUAUGGACCAGGCGUUGUUCCAGCCAUUCCCAUCGGAGGUGGUCUUUCAGCAGUUCCAGCCUCAGCAGACAUACGAGUUUCCCCUCAACUUUAGAAACAACGACAGA